AGUGUGGGUUGUCCAUUGACUGGCGAGAACUGAGAAGUCACUGAGCUGAUCUGAGCGUGGUCGACUGUGUUGAUCCGGUGUGAAGAUCUACGUACCGACGUCCGCGAUCCGUGCCUGUGUCGCACCGACUACAUCUCUUCCGCUAUCUGCCUAUGGACACUGACUGUUUACAUGUAUGCAGGUACAUUGUACAAUGUACAGUACUUCCUCGGCUCUCGAGUCUGAACUCAAUGACAAUACGUAUUUUUUAUUAUUCGCAAAACCACUUCAGUCUUCACUGCAGUUGACUCUUGAGCUGAGGUCGCUCUCGUGGCGGUGCCUACGCUUCUUGCUGGCCAGGUUGCAACCACUGGAUUGCCUGAGCAGGAUGGUGCGCUAUGUCCGGAAUGAUGGAUGCUGGUGAGUGGAGGGUUCAUCGAUGACGAACGAGCCAGGAAAUGGCCUCAGUUCCAGUGGAACGUCUUGUGAUGGUACAUGUAUUGCGGUCCUGGUUGGUGCCGUCGCCAACUUGCCGUUGGAAUAGCACGUUCUGCCUUGUCUGGGUUCCUGUGUCCUAUGGGUGUAUUGGCAACAAUUAGAGGCCUCGGGGAUAGGAAAACUGGUUUUGUGACAGUCACUGGUCGCUGAGCAGCCUGGACAGUGAGAUAGUCGCUGGGCAGCAGCUGCACUGAUCGGAGGUGCUGGUGGCAGUAGCAGUGCAGUGUGCGGGAUGCCACAGGUCAACUCCUUCCAGGGCCGCAGCAGUGCCACGACUGCCUAUCCGCCUCAGCAUGCUGGUACGCGCAAGCCACCAGCGUCAUCCCCCAGCCGCAGCAAUAUACCCAAGCCUAGUGGGUGUGGUAUUCCCAAGCCUACUGGCUGCAAGCCUCCCCUGAUACUACCCAAGCCUCAGCUUGGUGGUGCGGGCAAGUCACCAAACUCGCCGAAGAAGGCCAGUAAGCUGACCACCAAGUCAGCAGGCAAGCCAGCUGAUGCGUAUCGCUCUCAGAAGCAGACCCCCAGCAAUGGCGUGGCCUAUGGCAGGUCAUCGGAUGGAAUGGCAGACGUGCUAAUGCAACUCCAAACCAAGGAGAGCCAAUUGCUUGAACAGCGCCAAGCUACGGACGCAGCAAACAAGAAGCUUGAAGAUUCAGAGGCAGCAUGUCGAAAUCUUCAGUCACGCAUUGAUGCAUUUGAAGGCGAACAAAACUCAUUAGCCGUUGUGAGCCUAACCGAUGACCAGCGUGGUGACAUAGUGCAAGCGGAGGCCAAGGUCAAGCAACUGCAGGAUACUGUAAUGAGCCUCAGCAACCGGCUAUGUCUUGUUACCACGAUUAACGAGGAAAUGGAUGAUAACAGUAAAUCUGAUGAUCUGAGCGAGGCCAAUAAGAAAAUCCGACUUCUUUUGAAGCAGGUUGAUUCCGAGUUUAAGAAGCGCCGUGUGAUUGAGAAGCAGGCCACCACACUACGCAGUGAGCUGUCACAGCACACCGAAAGGGCAGACACACCGCAGCGAUUGCCAAACUUCUUGAUGACGGAGAACGAAAGCCACCCAGCGGCGUCCACUGGCAUGCCGGGGUACGAAGCACUCAUACGACUGCAGGAGAAGUGUGCCAUUGCUGAGAGAAAGCUAGCUGAAGCCGAACAACAGGUUGCGUCCAUCACAUCGCAGUUCUCUGACUUAGAACGGCAGGCACAGCAACUCCGAGCUGAACGAGAUGCUGUGCAAAAGAAGGUGGAAGAAACAGAGGCCAUAUUCGAAGAGCUGUCGACGGAGAAGGAGGUAGCUCUGGAGGAGUGUCGACGGGCGCAAGUGAACACACGCGCUGCACAGAUGGACACCCGUUCAGCACAGAUGGACAAGCUCAGUCUUCUCAAGGAGCUGGACACACUGCGCUCCACGGUGCAGGAGGAAUGCACUCGGACCAAGGAGAAGCAUUCGGUUUUGGAAGCUGCCCAGGCGGCUCUGGCGAAAGCCAGAAGUGACCUGGAUGCAUCAAAGCUGAAAACCAAACACCUAGAGAGCCAACUGACCGAGUUUGAAGAGGUCUCACAGCUGCUGGAACAACAUAAAACUAUCGCGACGUCUUGUCAGCAAGCUGUGGAAGACAUCACCGAGCGUUGCCAGCAGCUUGAGUCAGAAAAGGAGGCGCUGCAGGCAGAACUGACUGCUCGUCAGGAGCGUAUUAUCCAACUGACCGAGGGAGGUGCGGAAAGUAGCAAGCGCCCAUCAGCCAGAGGUGCGGAUGACGCUCUGACACGUCGAAUAGACAAGCACAGACACAUGCACUCGCAGCAAAGCGAUCAGGUCAAGGUGGAGCUCUGGCGACUGCAGAAAGAGAAUGUUGAGCUGCGACAGCGCAUUUACCAGCAGCUGGUUGGCCGCGAUCAUUCCGACGAUCUAGAACAGCAGGAUCAUAGUCCACCCACUGCUGCUGCUGUUGCUGCUGCUGUUGCUGCUGACAUCGACGACGUCACCGAUCCAGACAGGGAAGAAAGACCGGAGGCAUCCACUCCUCGACCAAGGCCACUAUCGGAUACGCCUGACCUUGUGCCAGAGCUGCACGGCAUCAUCAAGGGUGACCUCAAGGAAAGCUUUCUCGCCGACCCCCGCAGCAGGCGCCCACUGUUGCCCGACACGUCUUCCACGCUGUCAAUCUCCUCCGGUGCAGGCAAGAGUCACGGUGGAGUCUCCAAGGACGAUGAUGCCCUCUCCUUGGCGUCAACUGCUCAUGAUAUUCAGAGCGUGUUCAUGGUUGAUCUGCACAUGGGCAGUCGUAAGGACAAGAACAGUACUGAAGAGGAGGAGGCUGAAAGACGAGAGACCAAUGAGUCUGUCCAGAUGGUCGAGCAGCUCCUGGAUAACUUGGCCGCAGUGCGCUUUUGGGGAUCGGCCGACGUCGAGGAGCACGUCAAGAAGCUGUGCGUCUCACACCAGCGCCUGCACAGACAGCUGGAGGACUGCCGCUCAAGGCUGCAGAGCAGCGAGAGUAACUUGCAGAAGAACCAGCGUGCUCUUGUCAGGUCUGUGAGCGGCAAGAGAGCGGCUGACAAGCGGCCACGUGUCACUGUGCGCGACAGGAACAGAGGCGAGAAAGCCAACGAUUCUGCUUCUGGUGGGGAGGACAGGGCAAGCGGCAAUGGAACAAGUGGUCCCGCAUCGGCAAUCAGUUUGUCCGACUAUGAAACCACAGUGAAGACCCUGUCGGAGAAAAUCGACGAGCUGCGCAAUGUGGGAGAGGGCGUGCAGUCAGCCAAGGCACGUGUUGAGCAGGCACUCCUCAUGCACCAGCGGCGCGAGCAGGAGAUUCAGCGCAUGCUGCAGAAUGAAAUCAACAACCUGCGACGCCUCAACCUGAAGCUUGCCAACGAGAAAGUUGAAGCUCCACAGGCCGCAGUCAUCGUUGAGAUGAUCCACCAGACUCAGGAGUAUGAGCUGGCAUUGCAACAGCAGGAUGAUCUACGCACCUUGGUCCAGGACCUGCAGCUGGCUCUCUUGCAGAAAGAACAGACGAUCAGCGCUCUUGAAUGGAAGAUGGCUGAUGCGCAGGCAGACAUCACUGUCCUGCACGCUGAGCGUGACUGUCAGCUACGACAGUUGCAGCAUGCGCGGCUCAACAGCGCGGGUGCAUCAGCACGGCCCGGUUCAGGUUCUGCCAGUACAGCAGUGCCAUCGCCGGCCACUCCGACAGCAUCCAUCACGGAAUAUCGCAAGGUGCUGGCGUCACUCCGUGUACCCGGUUCAGCAGGCCAUGGCAUUGCGGCAACGGAGCAUACACGUACACUGCGGGAGAUGCGCUCCAAGAGUACUAGCAGUGGAAGCUCAUUGCCCGAAGACAGACGAUCUCUGAGUGAAUCUUCACUGGACACCAUGGUGUUCAAGGACGGUGUUAUUACAUCUUCACCAAUCAAGAGAUCUUGGCCACCAGAUGGCAACGAUGGUGGUAAAAUGCUACCAGGCAGUCGCACGGGCAAGUGGUCCUCGACCAGUGGUCUACCAUCGGAGAUGUCUACACGCCAUGAUAACCCAAGAAGCUCACCGCCUGCUGUCAGUGCAUUCGUGACUGGGCUGCCACCCGCACGUCCUCAUCCGAAAGUCAUGAAGAAGUCCAGUCUCCCGAAUGAUUUCAUGCUCGCACCGGAACGGUUUGUGCCUGUUGCUGUUGAGCGGAGCACUGUCGGUGUUGGAGACGAUCCGUUGGCAAUGUACAGUCGACCUCGGCCACACAGUGUGCCAGUGGAACGCCAAGGCUCGGCAGACGAGAUGACUACAUCCACGCUACGCCCGGCCAAGGUGCAACCGGGUGACAUUGAGGUGACUGCAAAGGAAUUGACACGCGGUCUGAAGGCACUGAUGGCUAAUGAUGACGAUGGCAAAGGCGAGACUGCUAGUCGCACGGUUGAUGAGGCUCACGAGAUGGUGCGACGGACGCUGGAAGCCGCACACGGAACUGCCUGGCAGGUGAUUGUCCAUGCAUCUGAACUCAGUGAGUCGGCAACACGCUUCUCCAAUGCUGACUCCUGCCAACCUAUCUAUGGUAAUCGUUCGUCGCAAACCUACAGUCCGCCGUCCGGCUUGAGCGCACCUGCGGCCGGAGCAGCGGCAUCUUCUCCUGGCCGGCCUGGGCACCGGCGUAAUUACAGCGAAGGCAACCUGCAGUCACUCCAGGCUAAACUAGCACUGGCGGCAGCUGCCAAUGGCGGCGGGGAGUCCAAGGACAACACCUGGAAACGAAUCAAGCGUGGUGACACGCCGUCUACGCCUGGCUCUCGUCCUGGCGUGCUGUCCCCGUCCGGCGAAGCAUCUGCUUUUGACAAGUGGACCAGAGUGAAAGGAAAGCUUGAAGCGUCGGUACCGCAGCACAAACUGGAAGGAGUUGGCACGGGCACUUGGGAGACAGUCUCAACUCUUUCCUCCACUGGUCUCUCUCUGAAUACGACUAGUAGCUACAGCCCCAACACUACAACGGAAGAUACAGACUCAGCUACUGAUAGCUUCUCUGGCUUUCCCCAGGCAGCAUUCCGCCACUAUGCAAAUGCAAAUGGCAAACGAUCGGUGUCGCCAACAGCCAACUUCCGAUCCCCAGACCCAGGUCAACUCAACGGCAGUGGUCUUCCCGGUCCCAAAAUCGUUGCUGUCAAGGUCCUUGAUUCAAGGACGCCAUCCACCACGGAGAGUGAACGGUCCAGCAAACACACCCAGCUGCCGUCGGAUUCUGCUCAUGGGUUUCGUCCUGUCAGUGCCAUUGAUGAUAACUCUGAUACGCAAAGUAUUGUUAGUACAGGCACUGUUGUGUGCCAGGAGCCUAUUGCUUAUGAUACGGUGCGACUGCCACCCAAGGAGGCACUUAACGAGCGACAAAUGCGGCGCCGUUCCACAUCCGACGUCAACGCCAUAGUCCCAUUCUGUGUAGUGGACCGCGCUCCGCACUCCAAAACACCGCCAAGCAGCUUCACCCAGUCGGUGACUCGACCGCACCCCACUGUUGAGAGAACGCGCUCGUCCAAGACCCCUGACUCCAGCACCAGCGUUGCUAUUGCGCCCGUUACCACUGCCACCUCCUCGGCUGGUAAUGGUAGUUCUCUCAGCGUUGCUAGCUCAGCUGUGACUGCAGAGUCAGUCCAGCAGCAGGCUACUACUACUAGUAGUAGUAGUAGUAUUAGUAUGAGUGUUGCAGGAGAGCAUGGCAACAGUAGCAACAAUACCAACAGCAGUGGCAAGCCCCGCUCGUCCAGCUGGCUUGGGAAGUUUUCUGGCAGGCGCAACGGCCACGACAGUGACACCCUCACGAAAACCGCCAGCAACACAUCCUCUACUCUGGAUCGGAAUACUGGAUCUCAAAAGAACAGUAAAAUCACUGCAUCGGCUAGCGUGGCAGCGAUACAUGUCACGUCAAAGAAGGACGGCUCGCUCAAAGCCAGAAAGGACGGCAAGGCCAGCAAUGGUCGCCACGCCAUAACCAAUGUGGAGGAGAGUGCAGCGCAGGUGCCGCCCCUGGCAACGGGCUACUCUCCGUCAGUUCCGCUGGCGCAUAGCGUGACAAACUCGUCUCCGUACACGCCCAAGCCUGCGUCACCGCACGCAGCCUCUGCAGAUUGGACUGGCAGUUUAAAUCAGCGCAGUGGAUCGCAAGUCUUGCGCACCAGUACGAACAGGUUGUCAAUGGUGGAGAUGGAACCAUUCAGUGUGCCGAAACCAACCACCAAGGAUAAGGGCAGACGUGGACAGAAGGAGAAAGGAACUAUAUGUUAGCGGUGCAAGAUGCCCCUUGGCCAUGCCGCCCCGCCACCCUUAUGUGCCAGACAGGUGAUAAUGAAUCAGCAGCCAAUACCACAUAACAGAAUUGAGAGUGUGACGAGUGUAAAGUUUAACGAUUUUCAAAUCUUUCCCACUUAGCGGUGUAAUGACUCUGCCGUCACACACCCAUCAUCGUAUUCUGCACACCAUCCUAGCAUGUUGCCCCCCCCCCCUCCCACUACACCCGCACUAUAGCCAUGUCACUCUGCUGCAAGCUUGCUUCAAAUACUUUUUCCAAGUAGCUUAGUCUUCUUGACUUGAGUGCUAUUUUAAUUAUUGGUUUUCCUUUUACCGUCAGCGCUGCAGCCAGACAACGGCAUGCUAUUGCUCAUCGACUCUUUUCAAAACCUUUCUAUUUUUUUUGUAUUAUAAAGAUGCAUUCAAAAUGCUGCUUCAUGUGUUGGCAGUGCUCUGAGCUAGCUGCUGUUCACUAUUAAUUUUGAUUGGUUCACCCUACUGCUGCUGCUUCUAAUUAUUGAGCAUAACUAUGGAAGUAUGGAUAGUGGCUGAUGCCCAGUGUUUAUGUUGGAA